AUUAGUUUUUAGUCUGGUAGAAAAUGUUAUAAAUUUAGUUAUAAAUUUAGUAUUUAUUACAUAGAUGCAUGAUACUGUGCUGAUAAUACUUGUGGCCAUAUUUAUAUGUAUAAUACUAUAUUAAUUAAGUGAUAGUCAAUCAUAUUGGUAAUAUUGGUAAUGUCUAUUUAUUAUUCAACAAUAAAUUAUCAUAUUAAUAAUAAUUGUAAUACCUAGACACCUAGUAUACCCAUACAUUUCCAUAACCAUAAAUAAUUAAUCUAGUUUUAUUUUCAUAUUAAUUAUUAGCAGACACUUACUUUCAUUUAAAUUUUACACAACUCAUUAUAGAUAUUCAAAUAAAAAGAUGAUUUGUUCGGCUCGCCUCGGGUUUCCGUCGCGGUUUUUGACAUAUAGACGAAAUCUUUCGACCGCCUGCAUGGACGACGUGCUGUUCGAAGUGAAAAACGACGUGGGCAUCAUCACGUUGAACAGACCGAAAGCGCUGAACGCUCUCAACACGUCGAUGGUCGUCAAGAUCAAACCGAAACUGAAGGAGUACGAAUCGCUGGUGAGGAUGGUGAUCGUCCAGGGAGCCGGCGGCAAGGCGUUUUGCGCCGGUGGCGACGUAAAAUCCAUCACGGAAAACGGCGUAGGCGCCAAGUCACUCGAGUUGUCCACAAACUUCUUCCGGAACGAAUACUCGAUGGACAGCACGGUCGGCAAGUACAAAAUCCCGUACGUUUCGCUGAUCGACGGCAUCACGAUGGGCGGCGGAGUUGGCAUAUCCGUGCACGGCAAGUACAGGGUGGCCACCGAGAAGACGCUGUUCGCCAUGCCGGAGACCGCCAUCGGGCUGUUCUGCGACGUGGGUGCCAGUCACGUUCUGUCCAGGAUGGACAAGCACCUGGGCGUCAUGUUGGGCCUGACCGGGUGCAGGCUGAAGGGCACCGACGUGGCCAAGGCCGGCGUUGCCACGCACUACGUGCACAGUUCCAAGAUAGACGGUCUCCGGGCCAAGCUGAUCGAGGACGUCCGGGACCCGGGCAUCGUACUCGCCGAGAACACGGACGAUCUGUCCGGCGUGGAGUUCACUAUGGCGCCGUUUGUGGAGAAAAUCGAUUCGAUAUUUUGCCACGAAAGAGUCGAAGACAUUGUCGACGCGCUGAGAACAGAUGGUUCGGAGUGGGCGAAAGGGAUGCUUAAAUCGCUCAGCGAAGUCAGCCCCACGGGAUUGAAAAUCACGAGAAAGGAGAUUUUGAAAGGAAAAACCCUCAGCCUAGACGAAUGUUUUAGAAUGGAACAUCGACUGGCUUACAGGUGCUCUGAAGCCAAGUAUUCUGCCGACUUCUACGAAGGAGUCCGAGCACUGUUGAUUGACAAAGACAAGAAUCCAAAAUGGUGUCCAGCUUCAUUGGAAGAAGUGAAAGAUGAAAUUAUCGACAAAUAUUUUGAGCCAUUACCAAGCGAUAAAGAGUUGCAACUGUCAUAAAUAAAUAUUAAAAUAAUAAUAGUAUUUAUUUACUAUAAUUUGCUUAAUAUAUAAUUGUUAUUUUUUUAUAUA